UUGGAUUGGCUUUCUCUGAUUUUGGUGUUUAUGUUGGGUUUUUUUUUAAUUUUGGCCCAGCAACCACUCCCUUCUUCAACGGCGUCUCAUGAGACGAAACUAAACCCUAAUAUCAUCAUCUUCAUCGUCGUAGAACAGAGAUCAAGUAACGGAUCGCGAUUUAUGUUCAAACCAUACCCACAACAUUUAAUCUCAGUAAAUUCUCUCCCCACUACUCCUCAAUUCACCAGAACCUUCGAUCUCUUCGCAUUCUUCAGGAUUUGUAUCCUAUAAAUAGACUUUCAAGGCUUCAUGGUUAUCACAGAAGCUUUGAUUUUUCCUACUCAUAACUCAAAUCGUUGUGACACGCCUGCUCCGAUUUUGGGAAGCUAGGAAUGCUAAGAAGGGCGGUGAACUAAUGGGUCUCGAUAUGCUUCUGUUGGAUGAUCAGUCUUCUCUUAUCCAAGCAUCUGUUUCUGUCCAUCGGCUCAACACAUUCCGAGAACUUCUACGUGAAGGAGCUAUGUAUGAGCUUAGUGGAUUUGAUGUGACUAGAAGCAACUCUCAUUUCAAGCUCUGUGAUUCUGUUGUGUCUAUCCGGCUGAACGAGUUUACAAAGAUGGUUGAAGUGGCCGCAGUUGCUAAUCCGAUCCCUACUGAGAUGUUCAGGUUCCGAACUCUUGAGGAACUCAUGGCGUUAGCUAACACUAACGUUCAUCUUCCAGACAUCAUUGGUGAGGUUUCUGAUAUCAGGACAACGUACAAUGAUCACGCUCAGACAACUCAGCGAGUGAUGGUUACUAUCAAAGUAGAUAACGAUGCAACUGUGUGCGUCAGUGUUUUUGACAGUGUAGCUGAGCUACUCCACAAGAGGCUGGAGGCUGGUGUUGUCCAGCCUAGAGUGAUGGUGGCUACGAACAUCAAUCCUAAGUUUGUAGGAGGUCGACUUUAUCUAAAUGCUACCUCUGGAACUCAUUUUUAUUUUGACAAUGAGGUGACGGCAAGCCGGACUCUCUUUGAGCAGUUGUCUACCAGACCUGAAAACGACACCACAAGUGGGAAGCAAUAUCGUGGUGUGAAGAAGCUGGAACCAGUUUCGCUUGGGGAGCUGAACAACUACGUCCUGAAUUCACCCCCUCAGUCCAUCGAAUUCCUCUGCAAAGCCCGAAUUGUGUCGCUGGAGACUACCAACGGAUGGUGUUAUAUCUCAUGUGCUAAGUGUUCCAAGAAGCUCCAGCGAGGGAUAUCCUCUUUCACUUGCACAACAUGUUUUAAUGCCAGUGCUGUUGGAGUUGUCAGGUACCGUGUUGAGAUGCAUGUGGAGUCGGGUGAAGAUACAGCUGUGUUUGUUGCAUUCGACUCAGCUAUGUCUAAGCUGAUAGGUGUCAGGGCUGCAGAGGUUGCAAACCCUAUGGGACAAGGAGAAGACCCACUAGGCUAUCAAAUCCCUCAGUUCCUACAAGACAUUGUUGGGAAUGCAUACAUAUUCCAUCUGAAGCUCACUGAAUUUAAUUUCUCUGGUAACCAUAAGUCCUUCACUGUUGCCAGGAUCUUUGAUCCCAAUGAUAGGAUACCAGGUCCUACUUUUGCACCCCAUGGUGGUGACCACAACCCUGGUGAUGAUAUGCCUGGAAGUAAGUGUGCUUCUUCCAAGUGCCAUGUCUGUUGCUCCUCUGGCGGUGGUUCCAGUGAAGAUGGUGAGAAGCUCAGCAGUCCACCUGAUGAGAAUCCACCAAAGAGGGCGCGUAAUGCAUAG